UUACAUAAACAAACUCUUAGAUGUCAUAUUGUGUAGACCAAGUUUAAAGAAGUUGAAAUGGCGAAAGUGCGGAGGAAGUUAGUUAUCGUGGGUGAUGGGUCCACCGGUAAAACAUGCCUUUUAAUGGUGUUUAGCCGCGGCGAUUUUCCCGAAAUCUACAUACCUACGGUAUUUGAUACGUACGUAGCAGAUAUUGAGGUGGAUAAUAAACAGGUGGAACUGGCUCUGUGGGACACGGCGGGUCAGGAGGACUACGACAGACUACGCCCACUCUCCUACCCCGACACUGACGUCAUCUUAAUGUGCUACUCCAUAGACAGUCCCGACAGCCUGGUCAACAUCAGGGAAAAGUGGACCCCCGAGGUCAGACAUUUCUGCCCCAGUGUCCCCAUCGUUCUAGUGGGCAAUAAAAAAGACACACGCACUGAUCCUGAAGUGAUCAAGGAAUUGGAGCUCAAGAAGGAAGAGCCGGUGAAUACCCAGGAGGGACAGACGGUGGCGGAGCAGAUCCGCGCCUUCUCCUUCGUGGAGUGUUCCGCCAAAACUCAGGACGGUGUCCGUAAGGUGUUCGAGACAGCCACCCGGGCGGCGGUACAGGUGGAUAAUAAACUGGUGAAACUGUAUCUGUGGGACACAGGCACAGCGGGUCAGGAGGACUACGAGAGACUAUGUCCCCUCGGCUACUCCGACACUGACGUCUUUUUAAUGUGAUACCGGUCAAUAGACAAUCCCGACAGCCUGGUCAACAUCAGGGAAAAGUGGACCCCCGAGGUCAAACAUUUCUGCCCCAGUGUCCCCAUCGUUCUAGUAGGCAAUAAAAAAGACACACGCACUGAUCCUGAAGUGCUCAAGGAAUUGGAGCUCAAGAAGGAAGAGCCAGUGAAAACCCAAGAGGGACAGACGGUGGCGGAGCAGAUCCGCGCCGUCUCCUUCGUGGAGUGUUCCGCCAAAACUCAGGACGGUGUCCGUAAGGUGUUCGAGACAGCCACCUGGGCGGCGCUACAGGUCCGGAAAAAACGGAAGCUGCGAAAGUGUAAACUUUUGUGAUUUCAUGUUGAUGUGCAUAUUUUUGUCUAUUUUAAAAAAAAAAGAAAUAAACAUUAAAAUAGCAUUUUAAUGCGAAAAAAUCAGUAAGAAAUGUGAAUUUUAUAUUCAGUGACAAUUCAAUGAGAUGGUGGUCGCCAGGACUCAAUGGUUUGGUCGGUGCCCAAAAAUUAUUUUACACCCGCGUAUGAAUAGGAAGGAUGAAGACAGUAGCUGACUGAAACAGAACAGACUCCAAGCCAAUAUCAAAAGAUACAUUAUUUCUUAUCUAUUCUAAUAUUCAUGCAACUUUACAAAAUGUGUGCAAUAUUCGAUUUUUGAACUACUGUGAUUGUUUGUUCUUAGGUUUUAUGGAUAUUCAGAUGUUUAUUUAUUACACAUAAUUAAAAAAGGCCCAUGGCCAGAAAGUUUAUCUGACAACCUAUUCUUUAAAAUUCAUUUAAAGCAAACUUUGGCAACAAUUAACAGGGUUACUAUAAAUUAAGUUGAUUAUCAUAACAAUUUAAGACAGGUUGUCACUGUUUAAAAUUUUUAAUUACAAAUCACAUAAAAUUAACAAAUAUUUAUAAAGACAACAAUGAUAGCAAAGAUGAAGAUAAAUGGCUCACAUUUUUUCUCCAUUUUUGUUAAAUACAUCAUAAACAUUAUCUACCCAGGAAGGGACGAUGACAUAUAUGUUAAUUGAAACCUUGACUGAUUUGAUAAUAACUAAAUUGAAGCUGUCACUUCCAGUGACCUAAUUACAGUAACUAAAAGAUGGUAUAAAAUGUAUCCUUAUUGCAAUUUAGCCAAAAAAAAAAAAAACAAACCCCAGAGAAUUUUCAAUAGGCUUCAAUCAUAUAAAAAAGAUGGCAUACGGCCAGUA